CGUAUCAGAUCCUGACGACAUGAAUUUAUUAAAUUUACACAACUGAUUUCUAAUCUGCUUGAAUGAAUCGUACCGUCAGGCAGAUGUGUAGCAAUGAAAAAUCUGUUCGCAUCAAUCAACAGUCAACCAAGUUCUCGGCAUUAAAAUUCAUUCUUCCAGCCUCAAAUUUUAAAAUCUUAACGAUCUAUCAGAUUGUACUUUUGAUAAAAUGAAGUCAAGACUUUUCUUCUUUUAUAUCACACUAUGGUGUUUCAAUUGGGCAGCAGAAGUAGAAUCAAUGAACCAUAAAGCUUUAAUUUUCAAUCAAGAAGAUAAACAGCUCAUGGAACUGAGAGAUGAUGAUGAAUCUUCAAAAUGUACCCAUUGCAUCACCGCCUGCCCUCUUUCUUCACAAAUCAUAAAGAGAGCUUCAAUAAGUGGGUAUGGAUUACUUUUACAAGAAGUCUACAAAAAUGCAGAAAUCCCGAAGAAAAUCAAAACCGAUAUCUGUGAAAACCCAAUAACACCGUCGAUAAUUUGGGAUCCGAUAUCUGAAGUAUUUCAGAUAGGUUACGAGUUGUUUUACAAAGAAGGUGAUGUUGAUCUAAUAGACCCGGAUUAUGACGAUUUGAAUAGUGUUAUAAAUGGCGAACCAAAUCCACAUACGAGAGAACUUAUCAAUGAUGAAUUUAUCACAACAUAUUACGAAGACUGUUAUUCAAAAUUUGACAUUACAGAAGACCCAGACUCCACAGUAACAAUGAUAUUUUAUUGGAUAUCUGUGCUGAAGAUUGAAAUCUUCCCUUCUGGAAACCGAAGACAUGUUACAUUGUCAAAGGACGUUAUUAAUGAUUACUUCCAUAAAGAGCGAGUAAUAUUCCACUGCGAAAAUUAUUAUUUAAGCGUUGGCACCGAGAUAGUGCCAUUAGAACGCGAACAGGUCGAGCUCGAACAUUCAGCAGAUGGUAAUCGUUUAGAAAAAACUCAAAUUAUGCCAAUGCACAUGCUCCAUACGUUAUCAGGAAGACUGGCUAGUUGCAUGUACGCCAACAUAGCAUUUAUUUGGGAUAACGUUGCGAAUGGUCAAUUGCAAGAAGUUGAUUUACUCCUCUAUGCCUUGUACAAAAAAUUCCCUUCCCACAUAAAUAUAGAUUUUGGAGUAAAAGGCGAUCAAACAGAUGUCAGUCCAGAGUUAACAGCUUCAGAACAUAAGCUUUUUCGCAAGUACCCGAUUCCCGAAAUUAUGUAUCGAAUUGUCACGUGGACUGACGGAGUACACGUUCUGAAGGUCGUUGUUGUAAUUCAUAAUGAUUCAAAACCUGUACUAGAAGAGGAUCGAGUUUGUUUAGAUAAAGAUCAACUAAGAGGUUGGGAAGAUAUACAGAGCCCUGAUACCGAUACCACGAAGGGAACAAGUUACGUGUGUCCUAUGUCAGAGAGAUCAAUACAGAAAUUAGUACUUAUCCGAGAUCUUACUAAGGAAUCUUUCAGCUUGACUAGUUUUCCUAAAAAUGACGAUUUCGAUUGGCAUGUAAUUUUCACUGAUGCGAGUAAGGAUAUUCGAGCUGAAUUUAAUCGGCUUAAACAUUUAAAAACGUAGAUAGAGAGGGAGGGAGAAUGGUGGUAGCAGUUGCAGGAACCUCUACCUCUCCAGCAGAAUAGAAAAAUGUGGGUUGAAAUUUAAAUUUUAAAUUAAAAUAUAAUGAAUUUAUGAUCAUGUUUCUCUUUGUUUUAUCAUUCAAAAAAUAAAAUAUUAUUGAUUGUUCAA